AUGAGAAAGCACGGUUGGCAGCUUCCUUACCAUCCACUCCAGGUUGUAGCUGUAGCUGUAUUUCUGGCAUUGGGUUUUGCUUUCUAUGUUUUCUUUGCACCUUUUGUGGGGAAGCAUUUGUUCCAGUACAUAGUGAUGGGGAUAUACACUCCACUUCUAAUUUGCGCGUUUGGCCUUUACAUUUGGUGUGCUGGUGCUGACCCUGCCGAUCCUGGAGUCUUUAGAUCGAAAAAAUAUCUUAAUAUCCCAGAUAACAAGAAGCCCAGUAAACCCAACGAGUCGAAGAAUGGCGGAGAGUCAACUUCAACCGGCUGUGAUGCCAAUGGUAGUGCAAUUUGUGAGGAAGCUAAAAAUAAAGGAAAAUUGGAUGAUAAAUCGGGAGCUCGCUGUGCUAAAGAAACUGAACGUAAGGGCAGAUGCUUCCUGGGCAUUCUGGCUUUAUUGCCAUGUGCUUACAUUUGCAACUCACACGAGGAAUCUUCUUGUCAACAGAGUGAAGAUGGGAUGUUCUACUGUAGCUUGUGUGAAGUUGAGGUUUUCAAGUACAGCAAGCAUUGCAGAGUCUGUGACAAGUGUGUCGACCGUUUUGAUCAUCAUUGCAGGUGGCUAAACAAUUGCAUUGGCAAAAGGAACUACCGAAAGUUUUUUACUCUUAUGGUGUCUGCACUUCUCCUGCUUAUACUUCAAUGGUCAACUGGAAUCCUUGUACUUAUCCUUUGUUUUCUCGAGAAGAACAAAUUUUCCACCGAAAUUAGCUCCAAGUUAGGAAGCAGUUUCACUGUGGUUCCUUUUGUAAUUGUGGUGGCAGUGUGCACCAUAUUAGCCAUGAUUGCAACUCUGCCGCUUGCUCAACUCUUCUUCUUUCACAUCCUCCUAAUCAAGAAGGGUAUAAGCACGUACGAUUACAUAAUAGCUCUAAGGGAGCAAGAGCAAUUAGGUGGUGGAGGCCAACAAAGCCCUCAGAUGUCUCCUGUUAGCUCGAUUACGGGAAUAAGCAGUGCAAGCUCUUUCAACACUUUCCAUCGAGCAGCAUGGUGCACACCACCUCGACUCUUUGUCGAAGAUCAGUAUGAUGUGGUACCUCCUGACAAUGUUUCGGUUAGCUCACUCGGGAAAAAAACAGUACCCGACGAACAAACCAAGAAGAAGAAUCCCGGGCCUGUAAAGAUCAGCCCGUGGACAUUGGCCCGCUUAAAUGCGAACGACGUGUCAAAGGCAGCUGCUGAGGCUAGAAAAAAGUCCAAGAUCCUCAGGCCCAUAUCUCGGCCCGAUUCAACCUUUGCCCAUGAAACUGACAGCAGCUUUGGCAGCAGCAGCCGCAUGAUGGGCUCGAGGCCCGAUAAUAGCGGUCGAAAACGGGGAAGCAGGCGAAUCCGCCUCCCAGCUGAGCCUAAGUGUUUGGACAAUUGA